AUGAAGUAUCCUCCUGCUGCUCAGAGUAAAGCUCUGUUAGAUAUGGAAGUAGCCAACUACUGCGAAGGCCUGGACCCAUCAUACAGCACACUGGGCUUUGAGAAUGCAGAGGUGCUCUAUGGAGGAGGAGACAGCAUGCCGACAGAGACGAGCCUGCCUGGUGCAGACGGGGUCAGUAGUAACUGUGCCAUCUGUGGCGACAAAGCCACAGGGAAACACUAUGGAGCCUCCAGCUGUGAUGGCUGUAAAGGCUUCUUCAGACGCUCCAUACGCAAGAGCCAUGUCUACACUUGCAGAUUCAGCAGACAGUGCGUUGUGGAUAAAGAUAAGAGGAACCAGUGUCGUUUCUGCAGACUCAACAAAUGCUUCAGGGCUGGCAUGAAAAAAGAAGCUGUACAGAACGAGAGAGACCGGAUCAGCUCCCGGAGAAGCAUACCUGACUCCCAAGACUUGCUGCCCAUCACUAUUUUGGCCCAAGCACAAUCAAUGUCCCAACAGAUCACUGCAACAGUUGGAAUAUCAGACAUAUCCGAGCAGAAGUCAGCCUCUGUUGGGGAUGUUUGUGAUUCUAUGAGACAACAGCUAUUGGUGUUGGUGGAAUGGGCCAAAUAUAUUCCUACCUUUGGAGAACUGCCACUGGAUGAUCAGGUGAGCUUGCUCAGGGCUCAUGCAGGUGAACACCUCUUGCUCGGGGUUGCCAAAAGGUCAAUGCCAUUCAAGGACUUCCUGCUUUUAGGUAAUGGCUGUGUGAUCCAUAGAAACAGUCCUGAGCCAGAGAUCUGUCGGGUCGCCAACCGAGUGCUGGAAGAGCUGGUCCAGCCCUUCCAGGAUAUUCAAAUAGAUGACAAUGAGUAUGCAGCACUCAAGGCUAUUGUCUUCUUUGACCCAGAUGCAAAGUCUUUGCGGGACCCAUCAAAGAUCAAGGCCAUGCGUCUGCAGGUCCAGAUGAGUCUGGAGGACUACAUUAAUGAUCGUCAGUAUGACUCCAGGGGUCGUUUUGGUGAGCUGUUACUCCUUCUCCCCACCCUGCAGAGCAUUACCUGGCAGAUGAUCGAACAGCUCCAGCUGAUUAAGCUCUGUGGCCUGGCCAAGAUAGACAACCUGCUGCACGAGAUGCUGCUGGGAGGCCUUACGUCAGAGCCCACACACCUGCACCACCCUGUACACACCCAGCUGGCCCAGGACCCUGUGACCGGACACACACUUGUCAUCAGCACCAUGCCUGUCACUCACACUCCGCUGAUAGCCUCUCCAGACACUCCCAUCCCAUCGCCCCCUCAGGGUCCUGCCCCAGAGAAGUACAAACCCUUUCCCCAGCCUCUUUGUCCUCCAGACAGCCCCUCGCCUUCCACACAGAUAGAUCUCUGACUUCUCCCUCUCUAUCAUAGG